GUGCACAAGCACACCUCGAGGCGAUGCUGGUGGCGGCGACGCUGCAGCACAACCUGGCCGCGCUGCAGGCGCAGCUGGCGACGCUGCAGCAGGAGAACAGCGCGCUGACGCGGGACCUGUGCCUAAAGGAGAACUACAUCCAGCUGAAAGACCAGCAGUUCCGCGUGAUGCAGCGGCGCCUGGAGGAGCUGGAGGGGGCCGUGGCGCAGUGGAAGGACCGCUGGCUGCAGCAGGUGAACGCCCAUCAGGCCUCGACCAGUGGCAGCGGAUCAAAAGAUGCACUAGGUGGAGGACCGCCGGUAGACAAGCAGGAGGACGCCAAGUGGACGCCCUGGAAGAGCAAACCCGGAACAUCUAACCGCGCCAAGGCGCUCGCUCAGGCCACCGCCAAGCUGGAGAAGUUCUCCCAGGCUGACAGGAACAAACUGCAGCCACUGAUGGCUGCUAUCGAGCAGAGCGGCGGAAGCAGCGGCGGGGACGACCUCGUGUUCGCCGAUGUGUCCGAGGAGCUCAGCCGCAUCCUGCUGCUGUAUCUGCUGCCGGCGUUGCUGGACGCCGCCGACGGCUCGCAGCAGUUGCAGUGUUUCAGUCGCACGUACCGAAAGCAGACGAUGGACUUCCGGGUGUGCACGCGGCAGGCAGCUGAUGCGACGGCCGCGGGGGCGGCCGUGGUCGACGAAGCUGCAGGGUCAUCAGCUUUGGCUGCAACGCCGCCGGAAACAGAGGAGACCGAGGCGCCGCAUUUGUUUGACUGCGUGGACUUGGAACGGCGUGGCGCCGCACGGAACCCUGUGCCCCAUGGCCCCCGGGAGCUGCACGCGACUAAGGCAAUGUUCGUCUCACGACCUCUAAGCAACUCGGCGGCAUCGCGAACAGCUAGCUCACAGCUGGACAAGCUAGGGGAGAAACCGGUGGAGAAAGCGUCACGCCGCUACACACUGACUCCGAAGCGUACAGCGCCUACAUUUGCAGUUGAGACGACAAGAACACAGACAAUGACCAUGGGUGCGCUUCCAUCCCCGGCCCAGUCGCCGUCGUCGAUGGGCGUGCUUCCUCUGGGAUCGGAUGGCGAGGUCAUCCCGAUGCCUCCGCGCGAGAAAGAGGGUAAGGACGGCAAAAUCAAGAAGAUUGUGGGGAGUGUCUUCGAUCGCCUGAGUCGCCACAAGUCGCAGCAAUCGCUGGUAUCCAACUCAACCUCCAGCUCAUCAUCGCAUGCAUCACCUGUGCCCGUGAGCGUACUCGCUGGAUCGACAGAGGUUAUUGGCGACGACGAUGAGUCAAUAUGUGAUGGUUGUGGCCGUGGACCGCUCGUAGGUGUCAAGUGGGUAUGCCGCACAUGCCGCCUACUAGCAGGCGAGGAGUACGAGCUAUGCGAAAAGUGCUAUGGUCAAGGAAUCCACGGCAAGGAGCACGAGGAUGCAUUGUUUGCCCGGGUCGAGGCCAUCGUCGUCCGUAAGUGUCCCCGCCUAGCGAGCGAGACGGAGCUUCUGCACCUGCUGCGCGUUGGUAUUUGUAAGGCCAAUCUCAAGAAGUUCAGCUUCUGCCUCACGUGGAUCGCAGAUCUGCUGCAGUGUAAUCGCACGACUGAUCUGCGAGCCAGAGCAUUGGAGAUCGCCCAUAUUCCUCCGACUGUCCGCAGCGAGUUUGCUAGACUUCUACGUGAGCUGCUAACACGUUAUCGGCCAGACAUCGAGCUCAAAACAGAGUGGGAACCAGCCGCGGGUGCUCAGCACGGAGCGAUCGGACCUGGAACUCCUGGUAUGCGUGGAGAAGGAGCACCAGAUGAGCUCGACACACUGCGAAUUUGGGUUAAAGACGCUCCUCUCACUGCUAGUGCGCCGACUGGGGGCUCAAAUACCGGACCGCCGACGCUAGGGUAG